AUGAAGGCUGAAGAAGAUGAUUUGAGGGAAAGUGAUGCAGCCGCAUGGUCUGCAUCCCGCGCAGACUCUUCACCUCGAACACCUUGUAAGCGACCACGGCCUUAUUACAGUUAUAUGGAGGAUGAAGACGAAGACAAGCUCGAUGUUCCGCUCAAGAAUGAAGCUUCCGAUUCAGGAGAAUUCCCCCUGGCAAAUGAUAUUUGCAGCUCUUCAAAACGUCAAAAAUCUCUACAAAAUGACCUUCCAAUUCCUCGUGGCCAGUUCAAUCUCUCUAGACCACGAGUGAAUGAACGUUCUGUCGAAUUUCCUUCCAGCAAUAGAAGUGAUUACGAAGAAUCAGAAGAACGUGGAUCCAGCGACAAUGAGAAUGAUGAAGACAGCUUGUUUGUAGCUGCAUGCGCUGAAGAAUGGUGGAGUCGCCCAGAAAAUACGAACACCAAAUUGACCAAGUCGCAAAGUCGCCGGGCCUUUGCAAAAGAUGGAGCUGAAGACAAAUUACAAAGCAUGAUGAAUCACGAUCCUCUUGCAGGGAAGGGUUCCGAGCGUACUGGAGCACCAACUCAAUUUCUUGAUGUAUCCAACAAGAGUGAAUGGUUCAAGUUAUUAUCCAACCUUAAUCUACCCGGAGAUUGUCGAGGAGAUCCAAGUUCAUUGAAAGUUGCGAGUGAGAGCUUUGGACUUGGCAAGAUCAAGCUUAUACAUCUUGAGAAUGACAAGAGUCUUCACAAAACAACAUGGCUGCUUAAAGGCAUGAAAACUCCAUUAUGGCAUCACCAGCUCAUCAGUGUUCACUGGAUGAUGGGUCGGGAAUUUUCCAGGGAGGGACCCAAAGGGGAAAUUAAUGCAGAUGCCAUGGGACUGGGCAAAACCGUCGAAAUGCUAGCGGCAAUCGUCGCAAAUCCGAGACCUAAAGGUGCUAUUAAAAAGAAGAUUGGACCUACACUGAUCAUUUGUCCUGCUUGCAUUAUCGACCAAUGGCAAUUCGAGAUCGAGAAACAUUUGGAGGAAGACAAUUACCAAAAUGUUGUUAUUUAUAAAGGAGGCGCAGGUCCCACAAAGGCGAACUUGAUGGGUGCAGAUAUUGUGCUCGCUUCUUAUAGCCAGGCCAGAAUCAGUUGCCCUUGGCCGCCAGAAACUAUUUUGCGAAGACUGAGAAAAGAAGCCACGAGUAAGGGUAAUAAAGCACCGAUGAAUCCAAAAGCGGUUGAAGACUGGAUGAUAGACAUCGCGAAGAGCAAGGUGGACUUCUGCAUAAAAUUUCCUGGUAUCGACCUACAGGUGGUUCUUGAUGAAGCACAAAACAUCAAAAAUGAGGCUGUUCGCACGAGUCAUGCAGCGAAUGCUUUAUUAGGUCAAAAUAGAUGGGCCAUGAGCGGAACACCAAUGAUGAACCGACGAGAAGAAUUGUACCCCUACUUUAGGUUCCUAAAAGAUCCAGCAAUCACAAACCUCUCCAUGCAAGUCAAAUCGCUCGGUGGUAGACAUUAUGACACUAGAACUAACAAACUAUACAGGUUCACGCGCGAGUUCUGUGAAGAAAACAAUAAAAGAUGUGACGAGCGAAUUGAUAAGGUUCUAGGCUGCAUCAUCCUCAGACGAACAAUGACCGAUAGAAUACUUGGGAGAGAAGUUGUGGAAAUUCCUCCUUUCACGAAGAAGAAUAACCUGAUAAUGUUUAAUCAGGCAACUGAAAUACUUUAUCGAGCAGUUGAGCAGCGAUUCCGCGACCUCGUGAAAGAAGCAUUCCAGAAUGACGAUCCGCGGAAAAAGAUGCAAUAUUCCAUUGUUGCUGUACUUCGACUCCGACAAUUUACUGCACAUCCUCUGAUCAUUGAGUCGCAAAUGAAGGUUAUUCAUCCUGUGGUUGUUAUUGACACAAAAGAUGUUCCAAGCUCAUACUGUAUAGAUCAUGUUCGAUAUCAAGGAGCUCAAGGAGAUCCAAAAGCAAGUGAAUGGCGCAGACCCCCAGUUACACUAUCAGAUCUGGAGUGUGGGCGCGAGAAUCCCAGAUCUUUCAAGUUUCAAGAUGCAGAUGCAUGUGGUAUUUGCGAUGAAGUAGAAAUUGAGGAUGCGCAGCAAGUUCGUACUUGCAAGAAUCGUCAUAUCUUCUGCAGAUCGUGCAUUAAUCAUUAUUGUACUACUCAAGCUGCCACAGAACAGGUUGAUGAUGGUAAAAUGAAAUGCCCAGCAGCUUUUUGCGAAGGAACAUUCGAAUACGACCGUCUCAAAAAUGUCAACAGUACCCCAAAAGAAAGAUCAUCUAAGCAGAAAAAGGGAAGAGACGUAUUGAGAUAUGUCCCUCCUCUAGGAGCUCGAUCAGAAUGGUUAGAAGAUGUCGAUGCUGGAAGAUUUGGUCUACCACAAAGUACAAAAUUAGCAGAAAUUCGAGAACUGCUUGUGGAGUGGAGAAGAGAAGCACAAUCAGAUAAAACCAUUAUCUUUGUUCAGUGGAAGGCGAUGAUCCUUCUCAUUGGCAUGAUGCUCGAGGAAGAGGACUUUAAUUUUGUGUAUUACACCGGUGAUAUGAGCAAGAGAAAGCGUGCAGCUGCUAUGGAUUUAUUCAAGAACAUGAAAGAAGUUACCGUUAUGAUCAUGGGCUUACAGGUUGGAGGUGUUGGGCUUAAUAUAACCUGUGCUAACAGAGCAAUUAUGGUUGACCUGUGGUGGAACCAGACAAUAGAAAUGCGGGCAAAUGCUCGAAUCUAUCGAAUCGGGCAACUAAAUGAAACUCACUUUCGGAGAGGGGUCGUGAGGCGCACCGUUGACAUACGUCUUGCGUUGAUGCAAAUGAGAAAGAAUGCUUUGAUUGCAGGAACUCGCAAGGCUCUUGGCGAUCAUGGUCAAAUGUCAGCUUUGGGUCGUGUCAUUGAGGAUGAGAAUGGCAAUCCUAUUGACAUCGUUGCGGAUUACAGAGCCCUCGAUAGAGCGGAAGUUCUGGCUUGA